AUGAAUAUGGAUCCUCAAUUCUCCGAAAUGUUCUAUCCGGUCGACGUUUCUUCAUAUCCCCAGGACUACUCUCGCCUGCCGUUUUAUAAUGAUUCAGUCCUCUUCGAUUCCGACUACAAGCCCUCCAAUUUCGCUUCUUUGCCUGCCACUCCUCCCUCUGUCGCCGCAUCGCACUUAGACCCUCAAAUUCCUACUGGCUCCGCGGCUUCGGGAGCUUCCAUCGCCAGCGCACCUUCAUCCGCCAUCGGAUCCCCAUAUUCGGGCCACCAGGCCUUUCAAGAUCACUGGGUCAGCACUGGAAAUGGUCUGGGGCUACCCGCGGCGGUGAUGGACCAAUACUUCUCUAAUGAAUAUACCGGGCCAUCCUUGGAGAUCGACGGGCUCUACCACGAAAAGUUACCGUUACCAUAUACCACUGUCGCUCCAUAUCUGAUCCAGCCAGUGCAAGAUGGUCCUGACUUCACUCCUACCAUCUCCUAUCCUGAACAAAACAAUUCCAAUUAUUCUACCGUUCCGCACAACUUUCUCCCCCACUCUCCCGCGGCUUCUCCCGUACCCUACAGCGACCAUUUGGAGGCUCAGCCGUCGCCUUCACUCCCCGUACCACAACAUGCGCCCAUGAUGAUGCCCAUCUCCCAGUCGCGACCGGUCUCGAUCUACGACCGAAGGUCUUCCAUUUCUUCCAAUCAAUCCCGCCGUUCACAGCAGAGUCCUGCUCUGAGCAGCAUCGAGGCGGAGGAUGAUGUCAAGGAGAAGGGCCGAUGCCCUUAUCCGGAUUGCGGCCGAGUCUUCAAGGAUCUGAAGGCCCACAGGCUUACUCAUUUGUCCGAGCGCCCAGAAAAGUGCCCAAUUACGAAUUGCGAGUACCACAUGAAGGGAUUCGCGCGUAAAUAUGACAAGAAUCGUCACACCCUGACCCACUACAAAGGGACGAUGGUGUGCGGUUUCUGCCCGGGUUCCGGAUCUCCUGCGGAGAAGAGCUUUAACCGCGCCGACGUCUUCAAGCGCCAUUUGACUUCCGUCCACGGAGUCGAGCAGACGCCACCGAACUGCCGCAAGCGUAGCCCAUCCUCCGCGAAGAAGGGUACCAACUACAGCCCUGAUGCUACUGGCAAGUGCUCGACUUGCUCGGUGACGUUCAGCAAUGCCCAGGACUUCUACGAGCAUUUGGACGACUGCGUCCUGCGCGUGGUGCAGCAAGAAGAGCCCUCAGAGGCAAUUAACCAGCAGCGACUUGCCGAGGUUGCCGCAGACGAAGAUGUGAAGAAGACGAUGGAGAAACAUCAGCUGCUCGACUUGGCCGGACCCGUCGACUAUGAUGAUAACGAUUCCCACGAUGACGAAGAUUCUCAGGACCUUGCCAAUUGGUGCGCUGGCCGUUCCAAAAAAGCCAAUGUCUCCAGUUCGCGCCCAAUCCUUGGUACCGGCAACGCCGUGUCCAAGAAUACCACGAAUAAGGGUCGCGCUGUCGCAACCCGCCGCCGCAACAAUCGCGGCAAUUACCCGCAAUCCUGGGGCUGUCCCAACAGCAGCAUGAAGACCAAAAAGCGCGUGCUAUGCGUUUUCGACGGCCAACGCCGUCUUUGGAAGGACGAGAUGAUGCUCAAUAACGAGUUUGAAGUCCGUCUGCGUUUUCCAGGCGGAGGAAACGAUGGCACGACCCGUGAUGCUUAUGUCACGGACCUGGACGUUGAGACGAUGAAGCGCGCCGAAGGCGUCCUCAGCGCGAAUGAAGAAGAGCGCGGUCCAUGGAUGGACGGACCUUCGCCUUAUCUCAUGGGUCAGUCGGCAAUGAUAUUGCCCGAACUAUGCUCCCAGACUGACGGAAUUUCCAUCCACGAGCUUAUGGCGUGA